AUGAAUAACUCCAUCAGAUUCCAUCUUCGAAGUCUACGUUUCACCAUUGAUAAAUCAUACAAGGGUGCGUCGAAGGAGCUGAAUUACAUUCUUAAGAAAAGACCCGUUCGCCGGUCGCCUCAUCUUUCUCCGUCCUUCAUUCAGAUGGAAGUGAAACUAUGGAAUGACAAACGUGAGAGAGAAAUGUACGAAAAUUUUGCUGAACUUUAUGCAAUCAUCAAAGCCACAGAAAAACUCGAAAAAGCAUACGUUCGCGAUAUAAUCCCGUCAACCGAAUACGAACUCGAAUGCCAAAAACUCAUUGCACAUUUCAAAACACUUUCAUCAACACUAAAAGACACCGUACCCAGUAUCGAAAGAUUCCACAAUACUUACAAAAUGGACUGCCCUGCCGCCAUGAACCGCCUCAUAACCUCCGGCGUCCCCGCCACGGUGGAGCACAGGGCGGCAACCACCGCCUCCAGUGGAACCUCGGCUGCUUUUGUGGCGGAAUGUGUGCAGAAUUUUAUCACUGCGAUGGAUUCUUUGAAGUUGAAUAUGGUGGCUGUUGAUCAAGUUUUUCCUCUGCUUUCUGAUUUGUCGGGGUCGUUGAACAAAUUGUCGAUUUUGCCCCCGGAUUUUGAAGGGAAGGUUAAGAUGAAGGAGUGGCUUGGGAGGUUGGCCAAAAUGGGGGCGGCUGAUGAGUUGACUGAACAGCAGUCCAGGCAACUGCAUUUUGACUUGGAGUCUUCCUAUAAUUCUUUCAUGGCUGCAUUGCCUACUGAUGGGACAUGAUUUUCACUCAUGUGCAUGAAGUCUAGUGUGAAUUUGGAAGACUUGGGACUAGAAGCUUAAUUUAGUUGUGUUUGUAAGUAUUCUUUUAGUGUAUAUAGAACCAUAUAAUAUAAUGUGUUUGUUUUCCUGCUCUUUUUUUUUAUCCAAGGAUGUUUUUGAAUCCGUUUGUUUGUAAGGUAAGAUGUUUUGUAAAUUGUUGAAGAUUUGUAACAUCGUUUGAUGUUAAAUUUAGUAUUUAAUCAGCAGGGGGAAGCUUAGGGU